GCUAGAAUUGGCUCGCGUAGUUUCUCAUCCCCCGCUAUCCGAGCCGAGCAGAGGCUAGAAAUCCAUGUCCCGCACCGCAUCGCCCCCAACUCUUAUCUCUCAUCGUCUUCCUUAGGUGGUUCGCCUUCCUUGUUCCAUUCGUUGCCGCCAGGAUAGCUUGAAGAUCCGAACGGUGCCGAAGGAUCGGAGAGCGCAAACGGAUUGAGCCAGUGAGGUUUCAUUUGGGGGGAGAGUUUGUGCAUCAUGGAUAGACCAUUGACUUUGUUGGUAGAGAUGAAGCCUGGUCAUAUAUUGAGAGGGAGAAGGUUUCAGUGUUGCAUAAGAGAUGAUGCUAUUGCAGAUGUGUAUGCAGAGGUUGUUCAUGAAAACUCGGAAGAGGAGGAUGAGAGUGAUUCAGAUUAUCAGGCGGAGGAGGAGGAAGAGUCUGGUUCUGAAGGAGAUGGUCAUGUCAUUUCUGUUCCAAUAGCUAUUGCCAAUCCCACUGAAGAUUUGGAGAGGUAUAGUGGUGACAGUGAUUGGGAGCAUGAAAAUUCAAAAGAAGAUGAGGAGGCCAAGCAAUACAGAAGACAUGCGAAGAUGGUGAAGAAAGGGGUCAAAGGUAGGGAGGAUGUAUGUGAGGCUUUAGUGCAAGUUAGACAUCAAGUACCACAGCUGUACAUUGAUGAAGAAUUAGAUGCAGGCAAUGAUACACCUUAUUUUGAUUCAAGUGAAGAAGCCUCUUAUGAUGAUGAUGAGGGGCUUGAGAUCAGUGGAAGCAGAAAGAAGAGCAAGUUUCCUAGGUUUGAUGGCACUACUCCAUUACCUAUUUUUUUAGUUGGCAUGACUUUCAGGGGAAGACACAUAUUGCCUUUCCUAAAGAUGAGACGAGAAGGAUCAGAGCCAAGUGUUCCUGGGCUGGUUGCACUUGGAUGAUUAUGGUUCAUAUAGCUCAAAGUGUGAGGUCCAGACAUAUACUCCUCCAUAUAGAUAUCCUUAAAGAAGAGAUAACAAACAUGUAAUUGCUAGGAGAAUUGCUAACAAGUACAAAUCACUAAUAAAGGCUAACCCUUCUUGGAAGCUACUGGACCUGAAGGAAACAAUAUUACUUGACAUGGGAGUAGAUGUUACAUUAUCGAAGAUCAAAAGAGCCAAGUAUAUUGUCAUGAAGAGAAUUUAUGAUGCUGUUAAAGAAGAGUACCCCAAGCUAUUUUAUUACUAAUUGGAGAUCCUUAGAAGUAAUCCAGGUAGCACUGUGGCUAUUUUCUUAGACCCUGACAUCACCAUGAAGCAUGUAUUCCAGAGGAUAUAUGUCUGUUUUGAUGCAUGCAAAAAGAGGUUAUGCAGACAAAUUCUAGGACUUGAUGGAUGCUUCUUUAAAGGUGCUUUGCAACGGUGAGCUACUUUGUGCACCGGGUAACUAAGAGAAAAAAGAGUGCAACUAGUAAAUGGGUGGCUGCAAGUGGAAAGCAUUUGAGAGUAGGUACGAUACUACUGACUGGAGCACAAUCUCAAGAAGGCGUCUCAGCUGAAAGCCUCAACUGAAAGUGGUAGCAUUUUGGGAGUCAACCGAAAGCUGCAAUCUUUUUUUUUGUCUUUUUCCACAUCGUUACAGAGUUAGUUCUUGUGUUACUCCAAAUAGUUGUGGCAUGUGACCGUCUACACAAUUUAGUUGGGAAUUCGAUUUAGUUGUUGUCGAUAACUCUGGAUUGUUAGAUGCAACCUUUCUGUGAUAUUUGGAACUUCUGUUGGGUAAUCGCAGAUUCAAUGCACGACCUUUUCUGAAUACUUGGAUCUUCA